AAAGGGAGGAUGAGAGAGGGAGGAGGAGGAGAGGUGGAGUUCCCUGUCUUUUCUGGGAUAAAAGAGGUGUGAAGCCUCAGAGAUUUCCUGCACAGAGACACCAACGCUGCUGCUACAGGAUUAAUACGAUUAUUUCUACACUUAUUAAGAGUUUUUCUCUGACAGUGCUUAUCGUAGUAUGUGUAGCUGGGAGGACUUUUUUAUAGAACCAGACACUAUAAUUCAUUUUUAUGAUACUUCCCACACAGUCGUUACAGCGCUUGAAGCAGUCUUAAUGUAGUUCUUUGAGUGUAUGAAGCGUUGAUAUGUGCUUUUAUAGGUAGCCUUAUUGUAGCAGGUGAGUCAGCAACAGCACUACGUAAAUUGAAUUUGUUACUGAAGGUGUAAAAAAAAUAAAAGAGUCCAAACAGAAAACAACAGAGACCAGGACAAUGGGGAAUUAUGAGGAGUCAGUUUCAUUUUUGGGGAAGUGGGGCUCGUUCCAGAGGAGGGUCUUCUUCCUGCUCUGUCUCACCUCCAUCCCCAGUGGAUACAACAUCCUGUGCGUCAUGUUCCUGCUGGCAAGCCCCCCACAUCACUGCCACAUCCCCAUCCACAGCAAUCUGAGCCAGGACUGGACCCAGGCCAUCAUCCCAGUGCAGAUGGAGGCCGGGCAGCUGGAGCGGAGCAGUUGCAGCCGGUAUGAGCUGGACCAGGUGCAGAAUCUGUCUGCACUGGGAACAACGCCCAACCUGGGUCCAGCCUACAACAUGUCUGGAUCAGGUCCAGAGGUUCUCGUGUCCGGCCUGAAGCAGGAGAGCUGUAAAGAUGGGUGGACCUACAGCUCUGAGUACUACGAGUCCACUGUGGUCACUGAGUUUAACCUGGUGUGUAACGACCAAUGGAAACAGCGUUUAACUUCCCUUGCAUACUUCCUUGGAGGACUGAGUGGAUGCAUCGUGUCUGGACAAAUCUCUGACCGCUUUGGCAGGAAGCCUGUCCUCUUCAGUGCCAUUGCCAUGCUCAGCAUCUUCAGCAGUGCCUUGGCCUUCGCUCCCUCCUGGCCUAUCUUCACCUUUCUCUUUUUCAUGAUGGGUGUGGGUCAGAUCUCCAGCUACAUAGCUUUGUUUGUACUAGGCUCAGAGAUCCUGGUAGGUUCAUCCAGAGUGCUCUUCUCAGGCCUCUGCUUACCUGCUUUCUACGUCUUGAGUAUGAUGUUGCUGCCCGGCACUGCCUACCUGGUCAGGAGCUGGAGGCACCUGUCCCUCAUCAUGACUGUGCCCGGCCUGGCUUGUAUGCCUUUCUGGUGGUUGAUCCCAGAGUCUCCUCGCUGGUUGGUGUCUUGUGGCCGUUUUCAGGAAGCAGAAGUCCUGCUGCGGUUGGCAGCGCUGGAAAACCGAGUAGAAGCUCCUCAGGUUAUCUUCCUCUCAGCGAAGGUUGAAAAAGCAGAAAGCCAGAAGGUUGAGUCCCUGAGCUUCCUGGACCUGCUCAGGACCACAAACAUUAGAAGUAUCACACUGAAGCUGUGGCUCAUCUGGUUUUCUUUGAGUGUGAGCUACUUUGGACUCACAUUUAACUUGUCUACUCUCAAUGGAAACCCCUUCCUGAACUUCUUCCUGUUGUCGUUUGUUGAGCUUCCUGCGUACCUCGCUAGCUGUUUGGCAGCUCGAAGUCUACCUCGCCGCUGGUGCUAUGUAGGCUUCACUCUGAUAGGGGCGCUGGCUCUGCUCCUCAUUCAGAUCACUCUACACAGUUAUCCAGCUGUCACCUUGACUCUUGUGCUGCUGGGUAAAUUUGGUAUUCUUGCCGGCACCGGGGUGUUGUACAUCUUUACUGGUGAGCUGUUUCCCACAGUCAUCAGGAACACAGCCAUGUCGUCCUGUGCCAUGUUCUCCAGAGUGGGGUCUGCUGUUUCUCCGUACCUGCUGGAUCUAGCUUUCUUCUAUCAGUUCCUGCCGUGGAUCGUUGUCGGGUCUCUGUCACUGCUCAGUGUUCUGCUCUGCUUCUUCCUGCCUGAGACCUUCAUGCAGCCGCUGCCUGACACCAUCCAACAGAUGGCGGCCACACAGCGGUUGGAGUGGCCAUGGUCCUCAACACCUCCUGAAAAAGAUGAUGGGAAAUCAUCAAAAGAGAUGACCACUGCACCUGAGAUCAUUUGCACAACUCACCUUUAAAAAUCCCCCAAAAAACAAAAGAGAAAGCAAAAGGACAAAACCCUCUCACUUUACCAUGAUGUAUUUUAUAAAUGAGAUGUUUUUCUUUUUGUCAGAAUGGUUGUUUUAAUGUCUGUGACCACCAGAUGACGACACUCCAUCACUGGGAGAGGGUCUGCAGAGCAUCCCGUGAUGCAUUCACUGACACCUUGGUACAGUAACACAAAUAGGUGAUAGAUCUUGGUCUUUUAAAGUCUUUCUUUUUCAGCAGGGACAGACUGCUGUUUUAAAAUGAUCACCAAAGAUAAAGUGAAAAUCAAGACAAAAUCAGUCAGGUCAAAAACUCAUGAUAAGAGGUUUCUUACAGGCACACAGCAGUUUACUUCACUUGUUGUCCAUUUUUGUUUACUGUGACUCAUGGCUGAAGAAAUUGUUGAAGUGAUGGACAAUAAAUAUUAUGAGAUAAUGAUAUAAGCAAAAAUAAAAGUCAAAGGGAAUAUUA